AUGCCCCCUUCAAGCCUCACUUCGUACCUUUUAUCACAAACUAAUUCGACAGCUUACAUUGCGGCAACAAACCACCCGUUUCUCAAAAAAGCGGGGGAAGGUACACUUUCGCCGGAAACACUUGCACACUGGCUGUACCAGGACCGAAUCUAUGCUGCACACGCUUAUCCCCGAUUUGUGGGACUUUUGAUCGCCAAGAUUCCCUUCGAGACUCGGGAUAUUUCUAGUUUUCGUUCGGACGUGACUCGUGCUGAGAGUACGAAUAGGCAGAUUUUGGACUGCUUGAGUUUCUCGCUGGUGAAUAUCGUUCGAGAAGUCAAAUUUUUCGAAACAACGGCAGGGAGCAUCGAUGCCCAGAAUAGUAGCGAAAUCGAGUCUGAGCGAGCGGAGACUAGGAAUUACACUGCCGAGAUGGCACGGGUUGCGAGCCUUGGAACUUUAGAAGAGGGACUGGUGUUCCUGUGGGCCAUGGAGAAGAUGUACCUGGAUUCUUGGACCUUUGCGUCCAAGCAAACGAGGCAAGAGCGCCCGAAGGGCCUCGACGCGUUCAUUACAAACUGGACGUCAGAUGAAUUUAAAAAUUUUGUGGACGAUUUGGAGAAAUUGGUUGACUUGUUGGGCAUCGAACAAGGUUCAGACAAUUGGAGACGAGCUGAAGCAACAUGGAAUAGGGUGGUAGAAUUGGAGGAAGCAUUUUGGCCUAAAGUGUGA